GCAGGCUGACCCCAUGGCGGUGGCACCGGAACCCACCCCUCGUACGCUGAUGCGGUGCUACUGGUGGCAGCACUCGCAGGCUUCCUCGCUGGAGGAGAUGAUGCUGGACUCUGGCGCGCAGCAACUCACGCAAGAAGACACCCCGGAGAUCCUUGGCCUCUUGCCUUGCCUGAAAGGACAGGAUGUGUUGGAACUGGGAGCUGGUAUAGGCCGGUUCACUGGGGCUCUUGCUGAGUCCGCGCAACACGUCACGGCCGUGGAUUUCAUGGAGAGAUUCCUGGCGCAGAACCGGCAAGAGAACGGGCACCGAUCCAAUGUGGUGUUUCUACAGGCCGACGUUACCAGCCUGACGUUGCAAAGCCAGCGCUUCGACCUCAUCUUCUCUAACUGGCUUUUCAUGUACCUCAUGGAUAAUGAACUGAAUAACGUGGCUCAGCAGAUGCUUCUCUGGCUACGUCCGGGAGGCUACCUUUUCUUCCGGGAGUCCUGUUUCUACCAGUCAGGAGACACCGUACGUACCUUCAACCCCACGCUGUAUCGAACCCCUGCUGAGUACAAUCGCCUCCUGACCUCGGCCCACGUGGCCGUGGAAGACACGCUCUACGGCUUUGAGAUCGUCAUGUCCCGCUCCGUGCAAACCUACGUCAAGAGGAAGAAAAACAGGAAUCAGGUGUGCUGGCUUCUCCAGAAAGUCGCCCGGGACCGUGAGUCGACACAAGGCUAUGACACUUUCCAGAGUUUCUUAGACAACGAGCAAUAUGCAACCCGUAGCAUCCGUCGCUAUGAAUGGAUAUUUGGGCCUGGAUUUGUCAGCACUGGUGGACUCAGUACCACCCAGGAACUAAUGCGCAUGCUGGAUUUGAAACCAGGUCAGCAGGUGCUGGAUGUGGGCUGUGGAAUUGGCGGUAGCGAUUUCUACAUGGCAAAGGAGUUUGGUGUGGAGGUGUUGGGCAUGGAUCUCUCCCACAACAUGGUGGAACUGGCUUUGGAGCGAGCGCAGAAGGAAAAUACGACCCAGGUGCAGUUUGAAAUUGGUGACGCGACCCGAAGGACGUUCCCAGAAGAGUCCUUUGAUGUCAUUUACAGCCGGGACACCAUCCUGCAUGUGGUGGACAAACGUGCCCUCUUUGAGAGGUUCCUGUCAUGGCUAAAACCAGAUGGGCAGCUCCUCAUCUCUGAUUAUUGCUGUGGGCCACGGCCGUGGUCGAAAGCGUUCGCCGAGUAUGUCAAGCAGAGGGGGUACAGGUUGCUCACCCCCCAGGAAUACGGCCAGGUCCUGCAGGAGGCUGGAUUCAGGCAGGUGCAGGCUUUGGACCGCACAGAGCGGAUGCUGUCGGCAUUGACCCAAGAACUGCGACAGCUGAAAGGAAGUCAGGAUCGGUUUGUUCAGGCGUUCUCAGAAGACGAGUUCGAGUCUAUGGCCUCUGGAUGGCGGAAGAAACUGGAGCGCUGUGCAGAUGGAGACCAGCGCUGGGGGGUCUUCUACGCACUGAAGCCACAGUAGAGACGGUGACAGCAAGAGACAGUGGAACUCUGGCCCGCUCCAAAACCUU